CUUGAUUAGUAAACAUAGGAUUGCAUAUUUUGGUUUUGUUACGCACCUCUCAAUAUCAUUUUCUACAAACAGCCUCCGAAAAUUUAUUAUUAAAUUUGACUCUAAAACUUUAUCGGAGAUGUUGUUUAAAGGAACAGUUUUAAUUUUGCUUAUCCACGAAUUUGUUAUUGCUAUCGAAAUACCGCUUGAUUACAAAUACAACGAAUGUAGUCCCAAAAAGAAUGAAUGCGAGUUCUGGUUAGAGAUAAAAGAGAAACUAACAAUGAUAUAUAAGAAAAAUUUACUUUAUCCUUCUGGUGGUUCUUUAUUUCUGUAUAACGAAUCUCCAGGCCCGAACGCAACAAAGAUACCCUUAGAUGAUGUGAUUUCAGCAGAUGGAGAAAACCGAAUGGUAAUUGUAAUCAAUGGUACACUACCUGGCCCACCAAUUGUUGUUUACGAGCAUCAAAAUUUAAUCAUUCACGUUAAAAAUAUGUUACUAAGUGAUGUUACCACCUUGCAUUGGCACGGAUUGCAUCAAAAAGGAACCCCUUUUAUGGAUGGCGUAGGAUGGAUAUCUCAAUGUCCUAUUUCUGCUGGUCAAACAUUCACCUACAAAUUCAAGGCUGAGCCAAAAGGAACAUUUUGGUACCAUAGUCAUGUUGGAUCUCAACGCACAAACGGAGCAUAUGGUGCAUUUAUAAUUAAGGAACGUGAAAAGGUCAACACUGAAAAAAUAACUGAUGUUAUUAUGACAGUUGGUGAUUGGCAUCAUAAAACUUCAGAGGAAGUUUAUUUAAAAAUGGUGUAUGGUAAUUUUAUUGGAAUGAAACCAUUCAAUGUAUCCCAAACUGUUGAUGGUGGUUUGUUUUCUGGUGUACCAUGGGUUUCAGCUUUAAUAGAAGGAAAAGGAAGAUACAUAGAUCCAAAUACAGGGAAAGAUAAUGGUGCUCCGCUAACUUGGUAUACAGUAAAACAUGGAUUAAAGUAUCGAUUUCGAUCGAUCAACGUUGGAACUAUUUACCCAAUGCGUAUUUCAGUUGAUGGGCACGAGAUUAGCGUUGUUGCAUCAGAUGGUUAUGAUAUCAAGCCAUACUCAGCUGAAUCUGUUAUCGUUCACCCUGGAGAGCGUUUUGACUUUAUACUAAAUGCUAAUAAAACAAUAGAUAAUUAUUGGAUCAGAACGGAAAGUAUGGAGGACGGCGUCCAAAAUCACUCAGUACAAGCUAUUCUACACUACGAGGGAGCAUCUAACAAUGAACCUACAACCAGUAAGCAAGUUUGUUUAAAAGGAAGUUCUUGUAAAGUUGUAAACUGCCCUUUUAAAUACUUUCCUGAACAUCUCAAUCUUGAUUGCGUACUGAUGUCUGACCUUCAAAAUGCUGAUGAUGAAGAUCCGUCUCCUACAUUUACUGCUGACAGCAAAGAAUAUUUUUUAAACUUUGCAUUUCCAGGUAGCAAAGUAACCCCUGGUGCUGUAAAUGGAAGAAAGUUUGAGUUUCCAGGAGUAAACUCUCUUACUCAAGGAGAUGAAAUUGAUAGUUAUGAUUGUAAUAAACAUGAUUGUGGGCUUGAUAAAGUGUGUUACUGCCAUUAUGAGCUAAAAAUUCCACGUGAUAAAACAAUACAAAUGAUUUUUACAAACAUUGGAAGUGGGGCAGGCUGGGGGCAUCCAAUUCAUUUGCAUGGUCAUAGUUUUUAUGUUUUAAAGAUGGAUUAUGCGCCUCAAAAUAUCACUACAGCUAAAUUAAUUAACGCAACAGAAAAUAAAGAUAUUGAUUGUGGAUUCGGCCAAAAAUUUUGCAAUGAACCAAAGUGGAAAAACAAGCAGUGGGAUAAUGGAAAUAUUCCUGGUUUAAAUUUAAUUAAUCCUCCUCGAAAAGAUACUCUAAUAAUACCAACAGGUGGUUAUGCAGUUUUACGUUUUAAAUCAGACAACCCUGGGAAAUGGUUUUUGCAUUGUCAUAUUGAAGUGCACGCAUUAGAUGGCAUGGCUAUGAUUAUAUCAGAGGCCGUUAACGAAGCGCCAAAGCCUCCAAAAGGUUUUCCAGUAUGCAACAAUUUUUAUAACGACUUAUCAAGAGAUUACUUUUAUACAAGGGAAGAUUCAGUUAAUACUGAUUGUACUAAUGCUAAAAUAUACUUAGCUACUGCUAUUGCAUUGUCUGUACUUUUAUUUGUAAAUGUUGUUACUUCGAUUGUGAUUUGGAGAAAAUAUCGUCAGCAAAAAAAAAAGUUGAACCACGGUAAAGAUGUGGGCACAGUUCUUAAUGAGAAUAUUUAAUGAAAUAUUUUUAUAAGUCUUUCCUGAUGAUCUUAUAAUAUUUUUGAUGAAACCGGCAAUGUUCAUUAACUUUGUCUAAAAGUUGUCUUAAAAUUGUCUAAAACGUAAAACUAUAAAUUAUAUUACGAACGGUAAACGAGUUUUUUACGAAAGGUGAACGAGUUUUUUACGAAGGGUGAACAAGGUUUUUACGAAAGGUGAACAAGGUUUUUACGAGGCAUGUCGCUUUUAUCUAUUAAUAAAUAUUGAUAAUUGAUAAUUAUGUUCUAAUA